AUUACUCCGCAAUGCAUUAUUGUCAUUCCACAGUGCCUGCCUUGAACCUGACCAUUUUAUUUCACUGGUCAACUGCUGUGUUUGCUUGGCAACGGCAUUACCAGCCAGAAGAUCUCAUCAACGAAAUGGGACUCCAUUCGGAGUUUACACCCUCGAGGGCGUGCAGUAGCAGAACAUGGACAACUAUAAUAAUAUCAUCACUUUUUGAUGGUGUAAUUACAGACAACAGAAAAUGGGACAUCAUGACUUGUUACUGUGCUCUUUUGGUAAUUAUGCUCCUGACAAAUUUUGCAGCAAUGGCUUUUUACUUUGACUAUUAAAGGAUUGAUCUUUACUCAACUUGUUGAUAGAAUUUGAGCAACGGCUAGGAUCAUUUGAUUGUGGGUGAAAAGGGUUUGAGAAGUAAAAGGACACUGUAAAGUAUUGCAGGUUUUUGGUUAAUGAGUUUUGUGUUUGAUGGGGCCAUGUGGAGAGCACAUAUGUGUUGCACUGGCACAUGGAUUCGGCAAUUCCAGAGCUUUGAGUUCGAGAAAUGUUAGUUUUGGAUUUUUCAAGAGAAACUAGUAGCAGAUAAGAACAAACAGUUCAGCGAUAAGAGGGAAACGUAAAGCCCAGUUUUGUUUUUUAAUUCAAGUAGGAGCUCUGCAAGAGGGAAACAGCACCUCGAUUUCCGUGCAAGAAAUUUCACAAGGGCCAGCUCUUCUCUCUUGUUUCUUUAACACGUGUUUGUUUCCUGUCAAAACAUUAGACAGAAAACGAUCUCUUCAUCACUGUUUUUGUAUAGAUCUGCUUCUUGCUUCUUAGCCAUUUCAGAAAGCUGUUUCUGAUCCCUGGAAAAAUGGGAAAACCAGCUGAGAGUCGAAUCUCUUCUUCACAGUGUUACUUCAAACUCUCGUUGCUUUUUUUUGCAGUUUUUGUUCCUUCUCUAAUCUUCAUUUGUUUCCUAAAUUUUGGCUUCUCUCCUUUACUUGUAACGAUCUCUAUUUUGCUUGUAUCAACCAUUCUCAUCCUCACGUUCUCAAAGAUAAAGGUGAUUGCUGUUGAGAAUCCAACCCAAGAUGAUGAAGUUUCGAUGCGUCGUCAUAAGAACCUACUUGAAAAUGAAGUUGAACAGAACCUAAAUCCAGAACUGGAAGCUGUUACACUGUGCAGUGCUGCCCAGCAAUGUGAAGUUGGGGACAACCAUGAGUAUCAAGUUGAAUCGACAGAUUUCCCGUCAGCUAGUGAAAGUGGUGAUGAUUUCUCAGAAAGCGACAAUUUUGAGCUCAACUGGGUGUCUUUCAAUAAUGUGGGUAAAAAUGUAGCAACCUCUGAAAAUUCGUUAUCUUCUGAUGAGGAUGAAGAUGAAGAUGAUAAUCUCAUUGAAAUCAGUUUUCCAGAUUAUAGUUCCGUUGAGUUGAACGAAAGUGCCGAGGAAAAACUGCAGACAGAGUACUUACCUGAAUCCAUUUUCAGGCAAGAAGGCCUGAUGGAGCUAUUGGCAGAUAUUAAUGACGUGAAUGAGGAAGAUAACUUGAUUGAGAUUGACCUUUCCAUGGGUUCCAUAAAGGGUUGAAGUAUAGAUAUUGAAGUAUAGGCCAGACAAUCUAUGAAAGGUAAAAUUGUUGUAAAUUUUCUCAUUCUGUAGCUGAGGUUGAUGCUAGGGUUUAGGUUAGGUUUAGGUUUAGGAUAACAUUUGUUAUGUUAUGUGAUGCUUGUGUUUCUACGAAGCUUCUGCAAUAGUUUAACCGGGUUUAUAUUGCAAAAUUUAAUACUUUUGGAUUCUGUCAA